AUGACGGCCUCAGAUGUCGAGGAUGGGCACUCUCAUUCGGUCUCUCCUGAGGACAGUGGGACCGAACAGGUCCAAGUGAACAUGGCCGAAGGUCAGAGCAAGGACGACGUAAAAAAGCAGCCAAAUGGAGCCCAGCCCACCAAUCCCAAGGAUCCUUCUCGUCCCCGGAGAAAGAAGGCACGGAGAGCAUGUUACGCUUGCCAACGUGCCCAUUUGACCUGUGGUGACGAGAGACCGUGCCAAAGGUGCAUAAAACGCGGAUUACAGGAUGCGUGUCAGGACGGCGUCAGGAAAAAAGCAAAGUAUCUGCACGAUGCGCCCAAUGAGGCCCUCAUGCCUGGGAUUGGAGGGAAUCUCUACAACCAAGCGGGUGCGAAAUCAGGCUCGUCUAUUGGCAAUGACACCCCCCAUCAACAGCCGUUCUUUCAGCAAACGCCGACGUACAACAACUUUUCCACGCCCUCACAUAUGCCUCCCCCAAUGCUCCACGAGAGGAGCAUGAGCACGGCCAGCUUCACCCAGCAGUCCCCGCUCACCACCAAUUUUCCAAAUGUCGGAGCACAAGUUCCGCUGCAAAGCCCCGUGAUGGGAGCCGAUCAACCCAGUGCCGCCAACAUAACGGCCGCGGGCUGGCCAGGACAGAUGUACAGUGAUGAUCCCAUGUUCAACUUUGAUAUUGCCAGCAUGAACUUUGGCAAUCAUUACGGCGCAUUGGAGUUCGGAAUGCUUGGCCAUAUGGCGACAAAUGCGGGAGACACUCCUCCCAGCGACACGGCGACACGGAGCGGGUCCAUCACGCAAUAUCGUAUGCCGUUUGGAAGCUUCAGCGAGAGUCCGACGGCCCGGCAACAGAUAUACAAUGAGACGAUGCUGCCAGAUUGGUCCAACGGCGCCGACCCCUACGCCGCUCAUGGACACGGUCGCCAUAUCGCUCCCAACGCCUUCGCGAUAGAAUCCAACGCGGUCAAUUGGACCUCCCCGGACACCAAUGGCACGCCCAAUAAUGCAGUCAAAUUCGAAGAGUCCCCGUUGAUGACCAGCUCAGGCCUCCAGGUUCCCCCUUCAGCCUUGGACGGUGGUCCGGUCAUUCAUUCAACCGGACCCCUGGACCCCAGACACAACCGGCCCCCUCCAGCUAUAUCGACUCCGCAAUUGAAGGCCAGAUCUCAGCUGCCUGUCAAAGCGUUGAAGCGGCCUAAGGAUCCGUCGUCGAUCUACACGUCGGUCACCCAGCCUUAUCCUUAUACAGCAGGGUUCCACAAUUUCAUUGCAUACCUCCAGAAACGAUUUGCCGCACAUCCUUCCAAGACGCUUGCCAUAGCCAAGUCAUUGGCGUCGAUCCGGCCCUCCUUCAUUGCAACAACUAAGACCUUGAACCGGGAAGACCUCAUCUUCAUGGAGAAAUGUUUUCAGCGCACGCUGUGGGAAUAUGAAGGUUUCAUUGAAGGGGUGGGUACCCCCACCAUUGUGGCGAGGAGGACAGGGGAAGUUGCAGCUGUGGGCAAGGAAUUCCAAAUCCUCACCGGCUGGACGAAGAACGUGCUCCUCGGUCGGGCGCCCAACCUGAAUGUGAACCGGGGCCAUUCUGGGCAAACGCCCGGCACCGGAUCUGGAACCAAUACCGCGAGACAUAAAGGCACUAACACUCCUACGCAACGAAUGUUGAUCGAGACCGAGAACGGCGAAAAGCGACCGCAACCUGUAUUUCUCGCGGAACUGCUUGACGAUGAAUCGGUGGUGCAGUUCUACGAGGAUUUUGCAAGACUGGCAUUUGGAGACAGCCGCGGCAGCGUUUGCGGCAGAGCCAAACUCCUCAAAUAUCGGACCAAAGACGAUGAAAUCACCCAGAAUCUCCACGUCGAAGCCGAGGGUCGAACCGAACAAGCUCGCCAAGGUCCCCCAGAGCUGCGACAGAAAGACGGUUCUCGUCAACAACAUGAAUCGAAGCGGGAGCGCGAUGGUAUUUCUGGUGAAAAAGGCAUGCAAAAACUGGGAUCUGCCGAUGGGAAAGUGGAUUGCACAUAUUGUUGGACGGUGAAACGUGACGUUUUUGAUAUACCCAUGCUUAUUGUUAUGAAUUUUUUGCCUUGUAUAUAG